CUUUAGUUAUGUAUGUUUAUACCGGUUUCGGUAUCACGGGAGGAGCUCACAGAUUAUGGACACACAAAGCAUAUAAAGCAAAACUUCCGCUGAAAAUAUUUUUACUAAUCGGUUUUGCAAGCGCAGGGCAGAAUUCCUUGGAACAAUGGGUAAGAGAUCACCGUGUACACCAUAAGUACAGCGACACGGAGGCUGACCCGCACGAUGCUAAUCGCGGAUUGUUCUUCUCUCACAUUGGAUGGCUGAUGAUGAAAAAAAAUAACCAAGUAUUGAUGCGUGGAAAACAAAUGGAUAUGAGCGACAUCACUGACGACCCAUUGCUCCAAUUUUAUAAUAAAUACUUUACAUACUUCAAACUAGUAUUUUGCUACUUUUUACCGUUGUAUGUCAACGUUCAUUUACUAGGUGAAACAUGGCGAUGUGCUAUAGCCUGGCAAUGGUUUAUUCGUUUUUUGGCCAUGUUCCACAGUGAACUUACAGUGAACAGCCUCGCACACGCGUAUGGAAAUAGACCUUACAACAAAAACAUCGUACCACGAGAAAACCGCUUCGUAGCCACAUGUACACUUGGCGAAGGUUGGCAUAAUUACCACCACGCAUUUCCCUUCGACUACAAAGCCGCUGAACACUUUGAUACUUUUAAUUGGGGGACAUUAUUUAUUGAUGCGUUCGAAAAAAUUGGCUGGGCUUAUGACCUGCGUCGAGCCACCCCAACUAUGAUCAACUCCAUAGCACAGCGAUCAGGCGAUGGAUCACCCAUACAUUUUCCGAUGGCGAAUAAUGAAUCGGAAUAA